AUGACUGCAUUUGAGCCGUUCGAUUCCGUUGAUAUGAGUUCGUUGACUUCGGAAGCUGAAUUAGACUUCCAGUUCGAAAAUGAUAAGGUCCUGGGAUUCUAUAAGAAAUUAAUGGCCUGUGUUUGCUCGAUAUGUGGUUUCACGGCAUCUAACAUGUCGGCCCUUAAUCGGCACACUACAAAUGAACAUCGCCUUUCCUUUUGCGAUCUCUGCCUUCGUCAUGCACAUAUGCUUCCUUCGGAAUUUGUGCCCUUAUCCAGUAAGGAUCUUGCUGCCCAUCGGAGAUGGGACAGUGUGAAGAAGCGAGGUCAUCCAGUUUGCAAAUUUUGUGCUCAGACAUUCUACGAGUUUGAAAAUCUUGUAGUGCACAUAAGGGAAGCUCAUUUCAUUUGCGAUUUCUGCCAUACUGCUGGUGUGUUUGAGGUUUUUCGACGCCAGCAAGAAUUGUUUUCCCACUACAAAGAAAUGCAUUUCGUCUGCCCCGAGUGCGAAUCGGCCGGUAGAAUGGCAUGUUUCGUGUCAGAGGAGCAGUUGGGCAUCCAUAGGAUGCGUGAGCACCCUAACGAGUCAAGGAAUGACCCGUCCCUUUGGGAGCCUUUGCAGAUCCUCUACUCCAACCAAGGACUCAUUGGUCAGCAUACUCGUGAUCGCAACAGUGGACGCCGUGGCCUAAACGCUCCUAACGAAGAUGGUGGUGAAGCAGAUGGUCUGGUGGUGUUUUACCCCGCACAGCCGCGGGCCCCAAUGCCAGAGGAGUGGACGGUCACGGACUUCCCUUCGCUCACAGGCGAGAGGGCGGCGAACAACAACGACGCAGGUAACGAAGCAAGUACAGAGACUCAGCGGACGACCUCGGCGGUGGCGGGAAGGCAGACUCGAUCGCACGCUGAGGUGGUGAGCGGGAGAGGCGGAGGCAGCUACGCUAAUUCGCACAAUCUCAACGACUUUCCUUCCCUCCCUUCAUCGUCCUCUGGCAAUACGUCAGCAAAUCAGCCACCGUCCCAACCAAAGUGGGUGGAUACUAAAAGGAGUGCAUCUGCAGCUGUAUCUUCUAAAUCGGACGGUCAAAAGAUAGCCUCAAAAUCGGUUCCUAACGUCGACGAUUUCCCCAGUCUGGUUGGCUCCUCCACCUCUGCCAAUCAUAUCUCACCAGGAAAUUGGGCUCCAGCACAAAUCAAGGUCACACCCAAACCGAAGGAUGCUAGACGUCAACCAAUCGCGGAUGAUUUCCCACCUCUAUCACCCACUGCUUCCACUUCCUCUACCAGUCAGCGUGCUCUGCCCGAAUCUUGCCUCCCUUCCUGCGUACCAUCAACGUCUAAGCAAGCGGAAAAGACAAAGAAUAAGAAGGUGAAAUCGAAGGCUGUGGAGCCUUCUCUCCCUCCAGCUCCCGAUUUGGAACCCUUCUCGUCGGUUUUGCUCAAGGCGAAAAAGAGUUCUUGGUGGAAUAACGCCGAUAACGAUGGCGCGGUGUCACGAAUGGUUAAGGGAGAGGACGGUGCGGGCGGUAGAAUGGCUGAACCAAUAUACUCGCGGGUUCAAACCGUGGAUCACUUUGACCCUAUCGACACCGCGUCGACAUCCGUAAUACCUCCUCCUCCAAAUUUUUCGCCCCAAGAUUUUCCCAGUCUUGGAGGGGAUGUGAAACCGUCGAAGAAGAAUGCUUUCCCCACCACCUCAAAGAAACCACCUGAAUUGAAAAAGGAACGGAGGAAAUCAACUCCAGAUCCACAGCUACCACAAGCAACUUCAACAAAUUCGAAGAAAAAGGACGUCAAUGUUAAUCAAAAUCAGGCAUCGUCUGAGGAAAUAAAAAGUUUACCCGACCUAGAGGACACCGAGACAGUUCUAUACGAGAAGAAUAUCUACACGCCGCCGCUGGACUACGAGGCCAAAAAUCGAGAAGUGAUAACAAUAGCCGAGACGGUUUUGAGUGGUGAAGGCUAUUCCAAAAACGCCUUUAACCGAUUUGCUACUCUCUCCCGUCUCUUUCGACAUGGACAGCUUUCCGCCCAUUCCUACUUAGAGGCCCUGGAGAGCCUGUUGACGUGCAAGGGCGAGCUGUUGCAAACCGAUUGGCUUAGUUCGAUGAUCGCCCUCCUGCCUGACGUGGGACUCCAACGCGCCCUCUUUCGUGCGAUGAAGGGUGAGGCCGCACCUCGGGUGCCCCAUGUUUCCACUCCCUCACGUUGUCGUGGCAACAAUCCGCCCGUCUGGGCCAAGGGUGUUGUUGCUGCCCUACAGGUCUGCUCCGUUUGUGGUCAGGUGUGUCGCCGCUCCGGCAUGCGUGAACACACGGAAUUGGCACACAGUUAA